UCCUAUCGAGAGCAACAGAGCUGGUACCUUCCGCACGGGCCACAACACCUCGCCGGAGGCUUGUCCCGCUGUUUUAGCGUGCCUUGGUGGUGGGCAUUAGAGGAUGGAAGCGGGACGGCAGGGCAUUUGCUUCCUUCCACUUGGCUUGGCCGCCCGCCCGCUGUCUGCCGGCUCCGAUUCCCCAUUCUCGAUUUCUCGGCCAAUCUGUAAUUCGCCCGGAACGCCAACGCCGACCCCGGUCGCUUCUCCCGAUUACCAAGGCGACGGACGAUGGCGAUUCGAGCCGGCACCUGAAAUCUUCUCCCCCGAACGAUGCGGCCGCCGACGUCCACCCUCCGACGCAAUGUCCUCCUCGACAGAGUCGUGUGUCAACUAGUACCACAGAGCAGGUUGCCCGGUACACUUAGGACUCUUAUCACAAGUUCACGCGCCUCAGCCUCUAUCCCUUCACAACGCCUCAAGGCCGGCUAUUUCGUCUCCAAUGCCUUUCUCCCCCGCGUUAAGGCCAAUGGCAUCCACGACUCGGCCAGCUCCCAACGGAGCAGCACGGUAGCUUCCAGCACAUCAACAACAGCCGAUACCACCGACGGGUCGAGCUCUACAACGCAACCGACGACAUCCACCGACCUACCACCGGUCGAUAAUAACCUCCUCCCCCACCGGCGCCGACAAGCCCAACGAAAAGCCGCAGCGGCCGCCGCCGCCGCAGCAGAAGCAUCACAAUCUAGCGACACACCAACACCCCUCAUAAACCCCGACGCCCCCACCGCCGACCUAGCACCCGAUGCCUCCUCGCAGCUCGCCGCCGCCGCCGCCUCCGCGCCCGCCGACUCCUUCAAGCGCCGUCUCUCCUCGCUCCUGUCGCUCUCCAAGCCGCGCCUAACCGUGCUCGUCGUUUUGUCGGCCAUGGUCCCCUACGCCUUAUACCCGGUCCCCUCCUUCCUGACCUCCUCCGCGCUCGACACCUCGCUCGCCCCCUCCCUCUCCCCCUUGACCCUCUUGUUCCUCACCACCGGCACCACCUUGUGCUCAGCAUCCGCCAACGCGCUCAACAUGCUCUACGAGCCCGACACCGACUCCAAGAUGACGCGCACGCGCACGCGCCCUCUCGUCCGGCGCCUGCUCACCACCAAAGCCGCCGUCUUCUUCGCCGUCGGCUGCGGCCUGGCCGGCACGCUGGCGUUAUACUUUGGCGUCAACCCGACCGUCUCCUUCCUGGGCGCCGCCAACAUUGCCCUCUACGCGGGCGCUUACACGCCGCUCAAACGCAUCAGCGCCGUCAACACGUGGGUAGGCGCCAUCGUGGGCGGCAUCCCCCCGCUCAUGGGCUGGGCCGCGGCCGCGGGCGAAUCCGCCACGGGCGACGGCACGUGGCGCGAGCUCUUGUUCGCCUCGGACGGUAGUUCGUUGGGAGGUUGGUUAUUCGCCGGUCUGCUUUUUGCUUGGCAAUUCCCGCACUUCAUGCCUCUCUCGUGGGGCAUCAGACACGAGUAUAAAGCUGCUGGUCUGCGCAUGCUGGCGUGGACGAACCCGGCAAGAAAUGGGCGCGUGGCGCUGCGGUAUAGCCUUGCUUUUAUCCCGCUUUGUGUCGGGCUCAGCGCCACGGGCGUGACCGAGUGGAGCUUUGCGGUGACGAGUUUGCCGGUUAAUGCGUGGUUGGUUUGGGAGGCCAUCAAGUUUUGGAGACUGGAAGGUCAUAAGGGGAGUGCGAGGGGAUUGUUUUGGGCUAGUGUGUGGCAUUUGCCGGUCAUUAUGGUGUUGGCGCUGGCGCAGAAGAAGGGGAUGUGGGGGAGGGUUUGGAGGAGUGUGUUUGGGGAGCCGGAGGAGGAAGAGGGGGAAUGGGUGUAUGAGGAUGAGGAGGAGGAUGUUGCAAAGGCUGUUGUGAAGAAGUAGAUGUUUUUGUAACGUGUUUUUGUACGUGUGUAUGUGUGGUUUGGGAAUCUUGGCUCAUUGGUAUAAACGGUCUUUUAAAAGAAGCACAUCAUUGUUGAAGGAUUGCAACUGUAUAAAUAAGAAUGUUGUAUAGUACUUGCACAAAAUGGAUGGAAAGCAAAGAUAGUAAAGCAAGAGUGUGCGUUAUGUGGCUUUUGUGUGUAUCUGUAUCAAUACAAUGGUUUGCAU